AUUGCCAUGCAAUGCAACAACAGUGCAUAAAGAGGGGAGUAAAACAGGAGGGACAAGAGCGUGCUAGAUAUUUAGUUAAGAUGGGGUACAACAACUCAUUGCUAAGGAGCCCAAAGAAGGAAGAGCAACAGGUUCCAGAUGCCACUGUCAAUGAAUUCAACGACACCAAGGAGAGCUACGGACGUGGAGAGAUUGAUAUCAUGGAUGAACUGGAAGGCAUUUUGGGCAUUGAAAAUGGAGAAAAACUGGCAGGGAGUAAGGUUCAUGGUCAUCUCAGCUGGGAUUUCAUGGACUGGGAAGGCGAAUUUCACAAUGCGGAGGAAGAAGAUGAAGAGGACGAAAGAGACGGGAAACUUUAUUCAGGCAAGUGCUUUGAAGAAGAAAGUGAAUAUGAAAAGGUCGUAAAGAAAGAAAAUCUUGGUUUCUGGGAAGAUGAUGAUGAGAAGAGGGUUUCUUUGAACUUGAAUUUGAAUUAUCAGGACGUCUUGGAUGCCUGGUCUGAUCGUGGGUCGCUAUGGGCUGAUGAUUAUUCGAUUUCAAAGGCGAGCAAUGGCUACUAUAUGGGGGAGGUGCCUGUGAUGGAAGAAGAAAGAGCAAGAAGGGAAGCCAGUGUUCUUAGAUACAAAGAGAAGCGUCAGACUAGAUUGUUCUCCAAGAAGAUAAGGUAUCAAGUCCGCAAACUCAAUGCAGAUAAAAGACCAAGGCUCAAGGGCCGGUUCGUGAAGAGAGUUUCAUAGGAAGAUAACCCAAACCGUGUUUCAAAUAUCUCAGAAAAUAUCUUUUGCCCUGUGGACUUUUUCCAAUGCAUACUGCUUUGUGUUUGUGUCUAAAUGAAAAAUAUCUUUCCCAACUCUCAGCCCGAAAUAUGGAUACAUGGAAAUAUCUUUUCCAUCCCUAACUUUCUAGGCCCUUCCGAAUGAAGCUUUCUGUCGUGGACCUGAUCACCAUUAUGCAGAUAACUGACCCUACAGUUCAUACCCAAGAAUGGUCUAUUUCUGGCAUUUUGUGAUGGACUGCAUCAACUAAACAAUAUUCACAAAGCGUUGGAAAGGUUUUUAUUGUAUAUAAAUCAAAAGGUCAAAUGUCAGUGAAAUUAUUUCAGCAAGGAAAUGCAAUCAAAUUAUUGUGGGGACUAGACCACCGAACCAUGACAGUGGUCCUCUUGCAUGUUCAUGAUUUUAUUUCUCUGCUUUCUUUUUUACUUCAUUGGUUUUUGCCAUGUUUUCUCGGUGGGGCUUUUUUGAGCUUUUCCUCUUUAUGGGGGUGUCUUUUAUGUCUACUGUCAUUUUCUGAUCAGAGGCCCAUCCACCCAAAGUUGUUUUCAGAAGGAGACUGCCAUUUGAUAUUGAGGGUGUUAUGCCUAAAACUGUG